AUGCCUCGUUUACACGAAGUCAGCUACUCUCGCGAAGCCACCAUCGCUGCCUUUCGCGAUUACUAUCAAUUCCUCACCCAAUUUUAUCUGUCGGAAGCUAUGAUUGAGGAGCCUCCGACUGAUGGCUGGCCUUCCAUCACGAACGAAAAAGUACGCCUUUUGGGCAAGAACGAGGAAGUGGCCGAGCUCAUGCGACACCUUCCCUACAUCUCGGACAGGGGUUUACUUGCCCCUCACUCCGAGGUUGCCCACUGGCCCAAUCUGCUCGCCGAUAUUGGAGACUCCGAAAUCGACGACCUAAGAUUCAUCUCAGAGGAUCUGGGCUGGGAAAACGUACCUCCAUCCGCCCUCGGCAUCUUGUUCGACGAAGACAGAAUUGUCUUGGAUACAAAAUUCGGCGUCAUACACUGGGUAGCUGGCGUCCGCGAGGAAGCCAAACAAGAUCCCGCAAGAGAAGGCAUCCUCGACAAUUUCUGGGACUGCACGCCAGAGGAUGAAGAGUGGCGAGUCGCUCCCGCUUGGGCCAUCGCCGAUUUCUUCGAGGUUUUGAAGAAGCUGCACAGUGAUCUGGUGUAUGUUCCCAUACACAAAACCCGGGUUGAAGAGUGGUUUGACGGGUACGGGACCAGUGAUGACAAGUCUUAUCUGCGGUCUGUCAGGCAAGUGUACAAGGAGCAUGGCUGGCCAGAUCUUUCCGUGUACGACAGAGAGAAGUGUCUGGAGUCAGUGGACAAGUUGAUCGAAGAGCAGUUUCCUGAUGAACAUGGGUGGUAG